AUGAGCCGCCGCCACCGGGACCUCCCGGCCCCCUCCCCACCGCCGCCACGGGACCACCGCCCCCUCCCCAAAUCCAAACCCAAGCGCCUCCGCACCAAACGCGAGCGCGACGCCGCCAAGUUCGGCCCCCGGGCGCCCUCGGGGGGCUCCCAGCGGGACCCCCGCUGGCCGCGGCCUCUCCCUUGGGGGGGCCUCACCCUGGGGGACCCCCCCAGGGCCGUGGUGAUCACCCAGAACCGCCUGUGCCACCGCGGCCUCUUCAAGCACGAGGUGAAAUCCCUGGACGUCCGCCGGCUGCUGACGCCCGGCCCCGGCGGGGACGGCCCCCAACCCCUCCCAGCGCCCCAAAUUGAGGAGGGGGAUGCCGGGGGGGUGCCGGGCGAGGCGCUGAAGGAGCUGGCGGCGGGGCUGGCCUCGCUGCUGGGGGGUCUCGGGGUGUUUGCGGGCAGGGAUUUGGUGGGCGAGCGGCGCCGCGGGCUCGUGGCCGCGCUCAGGAGGCACCGCCGGGGACCCCCGGACCUGGGGGUCUUCCUCACCCACCGGACCCCGGCCCACCCCUCAGGUACGGCCCCCUCGCCGCCCCAGGGGGAGGGAGGGGCAGGAGCGGCGGGACGAGCAGGCAGUCUGGGGGGGGGGGAGGUGGGGGACCCCCCUGCCGGGACCCCCAGCCCACUUCGUGUUGGACAUGUGCUGCCGCCGCCCCCCCGCGCCCCCAGCCCCAUUUUUGGAGCCCUCAGAGAGCGGGAGGUGAGUGCAAUUUGGGUGGGGGGCUCCCACCAGGGGGGUCCCACCUGGUUUGGGGGGUUUCAUUGACCCCCACCCCAUUUUGGGGUGGGUUUAUCGCCCCCCACCCUAUUUUUUGGGGGGGUUUAUUGACCCCCCCCUCGCCCCCAGACCUUUUUCUCCUGGAGCUCAGCUGAGGAUGAGGAGGAUGAGACCCCCGGGGGGCUCCUGCGACCACCCCCCCCCUUCUGGAGGACCCCUCAGCUCCCCCAGGAGGAGGAGGAGGGGGAUGAGGGCUGGACCCCCAUCGCCCCCCCAGCCUUCAGCCCAGACCCUCCACCCGGGGGUCCCCCCCAAUCCAGAGACCCCCGCGCCCCCAGACCCCAGAGAGGGCUCCCAGACUGGAGCCGGGCCGCCCCCAGACCAUCCAGGGACCCCCGGCCGUGGAGCCCGGAGCCCCCCGGAGCCCCCCGGAGCACGGAGCCGCCGGGGUGCUGCUGCCGCCGGCUCUGUCGCGACAUGUCCCGGCGCCACCCGCCCCGCCCCGCCCCUCUCUGUCGCGACAUGCCGCCCCUCCGCCGCGACCCCCGCCCCCGCUGCUGCCAGCGACCCCCGAAGCGGCCCCGGCACCGCCAAAACUGGGGAGGGGUCUUGGGGCGAGCCUGGGGCAGCCCCCCGCCCUCGCCCCCCAUGCCGGGGGGCUGCGGGUGCCCCUGCAGGGGGCUGUGCUGGGGAGGGGGCGGCGCUGCCACGUGA